GUCACGAGUUCUCAGUUUGCGCAUAGCCGCCGUAAAGUAAGGAUGUGCUGUGUCGUUCGUCACCUCCUUCUAUUCAAGAAGACAAAAAGAAUUUAGAACUACGGUGUAUCUACGUGAUAUUUAUACUCGUCACCCGUGUCUUAUCGACAUUUCCAGGCUAACUAGGCGACUGACAAAUGAACCCACAUCAUGACAUCCCGUGAAAACUUGGCUGUUAUAUUAACGAUAGUACUUGGAAUUUUCGCGAUUAACAUUCACGCCAGAUCCUGGGAUAUAGCGAUCGCGAUAGGGCGUGAAGUUGAAUUUCUCGCACAAAAUCAAACGCUAAUCGGACAGGCAAAGUUAGCGGAAGCUGUGACUUUAUCGGGGGUGGCCUACGAUGAUAUCACUAGAACAAUGUAUUUUAGCGAUGUGAGUAACAAGAACAUAACCAUAUUCAGUAAUGACCUGGAGGACAAGAAUUUCACGUUGAAACCGUUACUUAAAAAACAAAGCAAAAGUUACAUUCUUGCGCUUGCCUUUGAUAUAAAGAGUCGAACCCUAUUUUGGAGCGACGCUUUGCAAGGAGUGAUCAUGAAGAUGCACGUAUCAGAAGAUGGACUACCGGAAGAACCAACGAUCCUCCACAAUUUAACGUACCAGAGCCCACGCGGUAUCGCUCUGGAUGUAUGUAACAGUCACAUAUACUGGGUAAAUAGUAAUAAUACAAAUCCAAGUAUCGAGAAGUCGAAUCUAGACGGAAGCAAUCGAGUAACAGUGAUCAAAGAGGAUUUAUACGAGCCACUGGCUGUCGCUAUAGAUCACAGUAACAAGAAGCUAUAUUGGAUCGACGAUGCAGAAGGCCUAAGAAUAAAAAUCGAGCGCAGCAAUCUCGAUGGUUCCGAGCGUGAACUAUUGGUUCACCCUAAGCGUCAUCAACCAGUGUACCUGGCGUUAGAUCAUAACUCGAUAUAUUGGUCCGAUCUGGUGCACAGAGCUGUUUGGACAAUACCAAAAGACACUAAAUUUGACGAGCCAAGAAUGUUUCGCUCCUACCAAUCAACUCACGAUGCCGAUCCAGCUGGGAUCGUAACCCGUGAUAACGUUGGCAAAGUAGAAUGCCCGGUGAAUACGAAUACAACACAAAAUACUAACCCGACGAACUUGUCGCUUGACGAAAGGUCGUAUAAUAAUUUGAUAACCAGCACAGAGGAAUCGGAACUGACCACAGAGACGUCCAAACACUGCCUAAAUGAUGGUCAUGUGGGUGAGAAGGAAGGAACGUGCCAGUGCAGGCUUGGAUUCACUGGACCGUAUUGCGAAAUAAAUCUUUGUCACAAUUACUGCUUCCGAGGCAAUUGUAGUAUAAAUAGUGACGGAUUACCCACAUGUAAGUGCAAUAACGCAUUUAUUGGACCAAGAUGUGAAACAGACGUCUGCAAAGACUACUGCUUGCAUGACGGUCAAUGUUCCGUCCAAGAUGAAAAACCAGUUUGUAAAUGUAAAUAUUCCCAAGGAUCUCGUUGCGAGAUUUUAGGCAAUACUGCUGAACUUUGUGAAAUAAUAUGUGCAACAGAACGAGUUCCUACUAGCGUCGUUACCGCUCACUGCAGGUGUCCCGAAAAGAAUCGCCUUGCACAAAUGGUGAUAGCUAAAGAGGAAAAUGAAUAUAGUACGUGGCUACCAAUUUUCGGUGCAGUCGUUGGUGUACUUAUUCUUGUAAUAGCCGUACUUAGUUUUUAUGUAAAUAAAUUCCGAAAACGGCCACGCAUCAAAAAGCGUUUCGUCGUCAGUAAAGGUGGUGUGACACCACUCACAUCUCGGCCACAAUUGCCGGACAAUCAGUGUGAAAUAACCAUAGAGAACUGCUGCAACAUGAAUAUCUGUGAAACUCCAUGUUUCGAACCAAAAUUAUGUGUGGCAGCGUCGGGAGCUAAUGUUUCUAAAAAAGAGGAGAAGAAUUCUUUACUCGAUAAUAUGGAGGAGAAUUCGUGGUAGCAUAAACUAAUAUUUGGACGUGUCAAUUGGCAAAGAUUUUAUGGACUUAUCAGGAAAUCCGUCAAAAGUUUAACUUCGCGGAACUGCACGUCUGUACAUACCGCAGAAUGCUGUAGUAUUAUUGUUAUGAUUAAUAACGAUGCUUACAAGAUGUACGGGAACACCAUGACAAUGAUAAAGUCAGAAAAAAGAAAGCCAAAGGUCUUUUCGAGGACUCUUAAUUUUUAUUACAUCAUAUAAUAUGUAGGGCUGUGUUCAUAUAAAGAUUAUUUCAUCUAGUUAUUAAAAGGUUAUCAAUUUUUUUUAAAGAUAUGUAAUUAUAUAUUUUUCAUAAGAGAACAAGAAAUCUUAAGUCCUAUGGCAUUUUUUAACUGCCUUGGUGUAUAAAUACAUAGAUAUAUGUAUAUAUAUACAUAUGUGUAUUUAUAUACACAUCAAAUUUAUAAAAGAUUUAUAUAGUGCUUUGUUCAAUAUUUCUUGGUUCUCUGAUUUAUUCGUCAUUCGUUUCUAUUUUCUGCUCGACUUUUUGUUUUGAAGCUGUUUCAGUAAUAACAAAUUAUAUCUCAAAAUAACUAGCUCUGUAAAUUAAUCCUGAGUGCAACCGAAAGGGUACAUGAAACAUGCCUUAAUUGCUAGGCUUAAUGAUUGCUCAAUGUACCACUGAUUGUGAGUACAAUUCUAAAGAAAAUUUUAAUUUUCAUUACAAAAUUAUUGUAAUGAACUGCAUUAUGUUUAUGAAAAAGAAAAAUGAACGUUUCUAAUCAAGAUCGUCAUCGAGUUUAAAUUUUAAGCAUUAAAUUAUUAAAUCGAGAAUUUUUUUAAUUCAUCUAUGUUCGUUUUCAUUUUGUACAUUUGCAGAUAAAAGAGGGAUGUCUACAUUAACAAAAAUUACAUAUUGUUUUACUAAAAAAAGAGAAUGUUAGCUUUUAGAAAAAACAAUAUGAAAUACCAAAUAACUUCUUUAACUGCCUUAUACAUUCUAUGAAAUACAAAAAUAUUAUUUGGAUAGUUUUAAAAAACUUAAUUUUUUAAAGACUAUUUUAAAAUUAGUAUGAGUGAUUUUGUUUUUUGAACGAUUACACUUGUUUGUUUGUAUAAAAAUUAUAUAGAGUUAUCUUGAACAUUUGUGCAAGUUUGUGCAAAUGAUUCUUCAAAAGAAAUUCAUUUACAUUCUCAAAUAAUAAUAAAAUUAUUAUAAUGUAAAUUGUGGACGUUUACAUCCAUAGAAAGUACAACAAAUGUGUUGAACUUCGUUUGCAGACUGAAGGAUUCUGUGUAAUCUCUUGGUUUUGGAAAUAGAGUACAAAUGGUUAUAUACUUAAGUGAAAGUAACUUAUGCGAAAUAUGGUAAAACAAUGAAGGAAUCUGUUUGAAACUGUCAUGUUAUGUUUUCCGUUCUAUUGCUUCCAAUAACGAAAUACCAAAUUGUACUUUCUAUCGCUCUCUUCGUACUUAAACUAUACAAUUGUUCACAGCAAAUGGUAGCUAACUUUUUACGAUGUAUAGCUACUUAAAACAUAAACUUAAAUUUAUACCAAAGUUCUACAUAACAUUAUCAACACUAACUGUAAUAGUAUAAUUUCUAAACAUUAUUUCGAGGUAAUAUUAAAGAUUAAGUUUAUAGAACGUCAUAUAUAUGAUAAUAAUACUAGUAAUAAUAAAAUAUCUUUUUUGCACCAAAUGAAGCUAUAUUAAAUAAGUAGAUAAAACAGAAAGGCAAUUGUAGCAUGGCAGUAGCUUUUACAAUGCAAAAAUAUUGCGCAGCUAUGUCCUGAUUUAAACUCAUUUAAGGACAUAAAAUAUACCAUUUAUUAUCAUGGUAUAAACGAGUUAACAUUUUAAACAACAUACGUUUUUUUCCCCGAUAUGUACUUCUAUAUUUUACGCUACGGAAUAAUGUUCCUGUUGUAGAGGCAAAUUAAAAAUAUGGCGAUUUAUUUUGUUCCUGUACACGAUGUUAAUAUAAUUUAAAAACCAUCAUACUUUGCAAUGGCGUGAUAAGUUUUUGAAAAGUUUAGUAGACAAUUUUAUACAACAUAUUUGUAUUUGUUAGACUCCAAAAUAUGUUCAAAUAGAAUGAUACAAAGAUAUAUAUAUAUAUUAAAUAUUACAUUUGGAAUGUAGUCCUUUCUCGAGCACUCAACCCCAGAGGAGGGUUAGUGGAUUUAUAGUGAAGGGCUUAUAUUCCCUCAUAAAUUAUAGAAUAAUUU